UUUUAGCAUCUCUCUUUUUCGCCACACUUUUACACUGCCACAGUGCCACUACAUGCAUCUAUAAGAUCGGAUUCAAUUCCAACAGGCCCACUCACCAACAUAUUUUGACUUCAAGUGCCGCCCAUGGCUAAAGUAGCAGUUCUUGAUCAGCUCGCCGGCGACUUGCCGGCGGCCAAAGAAUUUCUUCUACUGGUCCUUCCUCUCCUACUCUUCGCGCUGCUGCAGUUCUUCAUCACGGGGCCAUGGAGAGGACGAGGAAGAAAGAGUCUGCCUCCCUCCCCUCCGGCGCUGCCGCUGGUCGGGCACGUCCACCUCGUCGGCGCGCUCCCACACGUCUCCCUGCGGCGCCUGGCCGCGCGGCACGGCGGCGAGGACCUCAUGAUGCUCCGCCUCGGCGCGGUGCCGACGCUGGUGGCCUCGUCCAUGCGCGCCGCGCGGGCCGUGCUGCGCGCCCACGACCAGGCGCUCGCCUCGCGGCCGCGGUCCGUCUGCGGGGACGUGCUCACCUACGGGCCGUCGGACAUCGCCAUGGCACCCUACGGCGAGCGGUGGCGGCUGGCGAAGAAGCUGGCCACCACGCACCUCCUCAGCGCGAAGAAGGUGCAGUCCUACCGCGCCGCCCGUGAGGAAGAGGUAGAGCUAGUGAUCAGCAAGAUCGGUGCCGCGGCGGCGACACGCGCUGCGGUGGACAUGAGCGAGCUCCUGAGCAAGUUCACCAACGACAUGGUGUGCCGCGCUGUUGCCGGCAAGUCGUUCAGGGCGGAGGGGAGGGACAGGGUGUUCCGGGAGCUGAUCGACCAAGGAAUGGCUCUCCUGGCCGGAUUCAACCUGGAGAACUUCUACCCUGGCCUCGCCACGGCAGCAGGGGGCGUGCUCGUGCGGUCGGCGCGUCGCAAGGCUGAGAGGGUGAGGGAUGGGUGGGACAGGCUCCUCGACAAGCUGAUCGACGAGCACGCGAGCGAGAAAGCCGGAGCACCGGCGGCGCGCCAUGAGGAUGGUGGUGGUAGCAACCUGCAGGAGUGUGACUUCAUACAUGUGCUGCUAUCCGUGCAAGAGGAGUAUGGUCUCACCAGAGACGGCAUCAAGGGGAUCUUGGUUAACAUGUUUGCAGCAGGCACAGACACAGCGUACUUGGUCCUAGAAUUCGCCAUGGCUGAGCUCAUGCUGCACCCGGAAGCCAUGGCCAAGCUACAGCACGAGGUUAGGAGCGGCAUUCCCAAGGGUCGAAACGCCACCAACGAAGACGACCUCACUGGAAUGACGUAUCUGAAAGCUGUUGUGAAAGAAACACUCCGUCUGCAUCCACCGUCGCCACUCCUCCUGCCACAUCUCUCCCUAGAGGAUUGUGAUGUUGAGGGCUUUCGAGUUCCUGCCGGCACCACUGUGCUCGUUAACGUCUGGGCAAUCGGUCGGGACCCCAAGCUGUGGGAUGCCGCGGAGGAGUUCAUGCCGGAGAGGUUCGUCCAGAACGGGGAAGCCAAAGGAGUCGAUUUUAGAGGGAAAGACUUUCAGCUUUUGCCUUUUGGGUCAGGACGGAGGAUGUGCCCCGGGAUGAAUUUUGCAACGGCCUCCAUUGAGAUCAUGUUGGCGAAUCUUGUCUACCACUUUGAUUGGGACUUGCCCAAAGGUGUUGAUAAGGUCGAUAUGGCUGAGGUGUCUGGGUUGACAGUGGGCCGAAAAGAAAAGCUCCUGCUUAUCCCUACGACACCUGAAAUUGUGCACCUUUUCAAAGGUUGUUAGGUGCACUAUGCAGGAAAUGAAUCAGACACGUUGCUUGUAGUGUAGUACUGGUCGCUAUCUUGAGGGAGAGCAUAGAAUGUUUCUUGGAUUUCUAUUUAAAAUGUGUCCGUGCAUGUUUUGACAUUUAUUUUUCAUACCAAUGCAAUGACGGCAGGUGAUUGCUUGUUUCAGUUA